GCUACACUUACAAAGAAAGAGUACCAAAUCGUCGAACUUAACAAGCGCUUAAAUUGCCUUACUCCAAAUCUGUGUGAGUAUGUAAGCAGAAUGAAUGCUUCAACAUCGAAUUGUGCUAAAGUUUCAAACAUUUCAAUCCCUUUAGAUUGCAUACCUAACGAAGAAUGUGUAAUUAAUUCAUAUUCUGUCUCAGAUACUUCACAAAUGUACACAAACUUUAACAAGACACAAAUAGAUGAGCACAACCAUGUAGACCGAAUUGUUUCUAAAAGUGUGUCGGCAAACAGAAUGAAUUCUUAUAAUCAGUCCUACUCAUUGGCUCCAUAUGAGACAUCUGCGCCCUUAAAUAAUCUAUCAAAUCAAAAGUCAAGCAUUUAUUUUUUUGAUCCUUGUGCCAAAUCAAAGCCUUUCUUUACAUCCCCCUUUUCUGUUACUGAUAGAAAAAUUCAUGGAAUUUCUGAAAUAAAUAAUUCCACUAAUCUUAAUAAUUUGGACUAUUUCGACCAUCUUACUUCAUCAGACGAGGUUAUUCCAUCGUCGUCAUCACUAACUAAUGCUGGACUAGGUUAUCAAACAAGUCUAAAUGACCAUUGUCACAUAAAUAACAGAAUGCAUUUUCGUUCGGAUAAACUACCUAAUUCAAACGCCUUUCAUCUCAAUCAUUUCGAAACCCUUGGUAUGAAAUGUAUGAAUGGAGGAUACACGUCAUAUGAUAAUGCUGUUUUAAAUAGAGUUUUACCAGCCAGAUCUAUGCCGUUGUGUAGUACCAGACCACUGCCAAUCGGGAGUGCAGCCCAAGCUUCAUCACCCCCGCCUUUGUUUGUUCCACCUCCCAGCCUCUUACAAGGUGAUAUUGCUCCUAGUGUUUUGCAUUAUUCACACUCUAUUAAUGGAACAUUAUCAUUGCCGUCUUUAGAAGUGGUUGCAAAUUCUUCAGUUUGUGUCACUGAGUCCAUGUCAACAACCCCAACUGCAGUUAGUUCCUAUAAUCCUCGGAUUGUAGCUGACUCUUAUUCUACAGAUCCAGUGCAUACAGUUGGUCAUCAGGAAGAACUAUCAUCUCAGUCGUACAGUAGUUUGAAUUUUAAUAGUUCAGUAUGUGACAACUUUACUAAUAUCAACCCACAUUCAAUAUUCAUGACAUCUAAUGAACCUAGUUGUUUUCAAUUCGGGAUGAGAAGUCCCACUGAUGAUAAGCCCAACUCUUUUGAUUUCACUACAUUUGGUCCCGUUGGGUCUUCAUCACCAGCCGGUGCUUUCAUCCACUCAAAUUUAAUUAGUUCUAACUGCAAUAGUUCUAUCUUGUCAAAUUUAUCUUCAACAGGUUUACAGAGUAGACAAGUGUGUUUAGAUUCACAAAAUACUGAUACCUUAAGGUUUCCUAUGAUGUCUCCAUCAGUUUCGCAUUCAGAUGCCACCUCGAAUUCAUCUAUGAUGUAGUAGCGAUCAGACAUUAUAAGAAUUGAGUUGUUUUUGUCUUAUCGUAUGUUUACAUCAAAAAUUCUUAUUUUUGCUGUAUUUCCGUUAUUAAUUUUUAUCUGGACAGCAGUAUGGAAAGAAAACUAAGUUUUAUCAACUGUUUAAGAGCUUUUCGAAACUCGUGAUUCGUCUUACGGGGACCCAAUUUUGCAUUUUGAUAACCUUCAGAGAGUUUGACUUUUUUCUGGAGUUUAUGUACCCAAAUUUUAUUGUUACUAUUAUUACUCUUGAUAUAUUUUUUUGCGUUAUUAUAUCGUAAUCGGUCAACAUAACAGCAGAAUCUGCUUUAAAUGGUUUGUCUCAGCUGCCUAUUUGUCUCUUCUAAGAUUUGUCUUCUAGACCCUUCCAAUCACUUUCUUUAAUAUCUUCAUAUGAAUUUUGCCAUUUCUUUUGUUUCCGAACUAAAUAUUAUGGUCUAGUCGUUGCGUUUUCGUGUUAAUUUCUUGUGUUAUCCUUUAUGAUUUUGUUCCUACCUUUCCCUUUUUCAUUGUGUUGCUUAACGCUUUGUAGUCGAUACUAAAAUUGUGGUCUUUGUUUUGUAUUCACAACUUAUGCACACUUUUCCAACUCAUAUUUUUAUUCAUACGUUUAAGAGUGUCUCAAUGGUUGGCUAGUUAUCUUUUUUCCUGUUUCUUAUCUUUCAUGUUCAGUUUACAUUCUACUGUGCAGCAUGGACUUUGUUUCCUUAACCAUGAUAAAAAUUAUUAAAAAAUAACAAAAUUUAUGUGAAACAAAACAGGUGUCUUCAUGAUUGUGUUGUGUCCAUAAUUAUAGAAAGUCAUCAUAGGUUUGAAAUGGAAUAGAAUUACAUUCUUAUUGUUUUCCACUUUCGAUGCAGAAUACAUUGUAGUGACCUGGUCAAAAGAUAAAUCCCUGAAUUGCAUCAUGUAGUGAUAGCGGUAUUUUCCCUUUUUUUGAAUUCUGUUGUUUAUUAUCGAUAACUAAAGGCUAUAAGUUACCAUAUACUUCUCACCAUUACUUACCAGGCAAUUAAAUGAAGGUAGUCAAAAAGAGUAGUACUUUGAAUGUAUGUCAAUAAUCAUCUUCAACCCACUGUUUGUGUGUAGUCGAAAUACCUAAUCAAUAAUAUUGAUUAAUGGUGAUAACCGUUGGUGUUUUACAGUUGAUGUAAUAAAAGUAUACGUCGUCUCUAUCUAAGCAAAAUGUGCUUGCUAGAGUAAGGGAAAAAUAACUGAGUAUUCAGACUAGAUUACAUCACAAACAUGCAGUCUCUGUGUUAUCAUAAGAAAACUUGAGUUCUUGAUCUAUGGCAAGGGGGAAUCAAUAAUUAGACAGCUGAUAUAGUUCGAACCAACUAAAGGGUUAAAUUAAUCAACGUUAUGUUUACUUAUAUUGGUAAUCUUAUCGUCUUCCUCUAUCUUCCAUUUCUUUGGAUGCGUUAUAUGUUUGAUUAGAAAGUACCUUUGUUGAUACAACCGUAUUUCGUACUGCU